AAAAGGCGUAAGAAAAAAAACGUGAGAAAAGGUGGGACAGACAGUCAUGGCCUGUGGAGUACUGGCAGCCAACAAACCGUUUCCAAUGGAGGACAAUGCAACACGUUGUAACGGUUAACCAGCAUGACGUCGUAUUGGAGAAUACGCUGGUUUGUCCUGGCUGCAGUCUGUAUAUGCACGUGCACAGCAGGAUGUCCGAAGGGAUACGUCUUUCACAGUCCCAACUGCUACAGGGUGAUAAAGGCCACCGCAAACUUCUUCGAGGCCCAGGCGGCUUGUGUUGAAGAUGGCGGCACCCUUGCGAACCCCAGAAGCCCGUACGAGCACGACACCAUAGCAUCUCUGCUGUCAGACUCGGCAAUGAUCGGCAUUAAUGACCUGGAGGUGGAGGGAAGGUGGAUGUACAUGGACGAUACAUUAGUGGGGAAUUUCAGCAGGUGGUCGCCAGUUCUGAACACGGACGCGAAAGACUGCGUGGCUAUGCGGAUGGACUUGAACUUCAGCUGGACUCCACAUCACUGUAACCCAGCCGCUGAUGGAAAAGUCCAACUUUCGUCCUUUGUGUGCCAAAUAGAUGACUACGCGAGGAUAGCGAUACCAAAACAAACAAAACUUGGACCUGGUACAUUAGAAACUACGCAUCCAGCAAACUAUGCAGCAAGAAAUGACAAAGACGAAGAACAACAUACAGCUGAAAGGACUCGGGUAUCAGCACAAAACUUCGAUGCAAUCUCAAAACUUUCAUAUGAUAAAUUGAAAAUACUUAUACAAGUACCGGAAGAAACGUUUAAAAAUAACAUCUCGCCUCUAAAGCGUCUGAAUCAAAAUGUCACUAAUAAUUACACUAAUUAUUAUAACCACACCACGCAAGCCAUCUACGUGCAGACAAAUCGUGCAAAAGUUUCUACUACACAUUUUACAACGAUCCCGACAACGUAUCAUCCUAAGACACAGUUUACGACAAUUCCGACAACAGGAAAGCAGCCUACUACGGGUGUCACGACAAUUCCGACAACAAAGCAUCCUACUACAGAUGUCACGACACUCCAGACUACGCGUAUUACGACAAUCCCGACCACAGAGGAUCCUACUACGAAGUAUUCUACGAUCCAGUCAACAGCCCAGACGACCCCAACUCCUACCACAGUGCCACGAACAACCUUAACGACACUCCAGACUACACAUAUUACUACAAUCCCGACCACAGAGAAUCCUACCACGAAGUAUUCUACGAUUAAGUCAACAGCCCAGACGACACUCCAGACUACACAUAUUACGACAAUCCCGACCACAAAGGAUCCUACCACGAAGUAUUCUACGAUCCAGUCAACAGCCCAGACUACCCCAACUCCUACCACAGUGCCACGAACAACCUUAACGACACUCAAAAGUACACACAUAACAACGAUUCCGACCACGAAAGAUCCAACCACUCAUCCACGAACAACGGAUUUAACAACAACCCAGACAACACUCCAGACAACACCGAUUCCUACUACAAAAUCGACGACCGACCGAACGACGAGACAAACUACAUUACGUACAAGUUAUAAAACGACAUUGCCUACAACUGUUAUAACUUCACACCAGACAAGUGACGAAUCCACACUCAUGACUACACAGCCAACCACAAUAUCGACAACUGACGAAUCCUCACAAGUGACCACACACCCAACUACAUUAAUGACAACACUACGGACAACACAGCCUACCACUACGACACUGACUACACUAAACACAAGUGAUAGAGCAACAAUACCCACAACUUUUCUGACAACACAGAGGACAACUGACGAAUCCACACUGGUGACCACACGUCCAACUACAGGGUCGACAUCGCUAAUUACAACUCAUCCGACUACUACGACAAAGACUACAUUAAGUACAAGUCUUAAAACAACAAGGCACACAACUAGUUUGACAACGCAGAGAACAACCGACGAAUCUACACUAGUAACCACACGUCCAACUACAGUAUCGACCACGCUAAGUACAACACAAGAACCUACUACGAAACAGACUACAAUGCCUCCAACAGUUCUACCCACAGAAGAGAGAACAAACGAAACAACUGUGCCCCCAACAACAAUCUUAACGACACUCAAAAGUACACACAUAACAACAAUCCCGACCACGAAAGAUCCAACCACUCAUCCACGAACAACGGAUUUAACAAACCAGACGACCUUACUGACAACAAAUAAUCCUACCACAAAAUCGACGACCGACCGAACUACGAAACAGACUACAAUACAACCGACAGUUCUACCCACAGAAGAGAGAACUAACGAAACCACAUCGUUUACCACACAGCCAACGACACCAUUCACAACGCUACGGACAACACAGCGUACCACAUCGAAACAGACUACAAUGCCUCCAACAGUUCUACCCACAAAAGAGAGAACAAACGAAACAACUGUGCCCCCAACAACAAUCUUAACGACACUCAAAAGUACACACAAAACAACAAUCCCGACCACGAAAGAUCCAACUACUCAUCCACGAACAACAAUCUUAACGACACUCAAAAGUACACGCAAAACAACAAUCCCGACCACGAAAGAUCCAACUACUCAUCCACGAACAACAAUCUUAACGACACUCAAAAGUACACACAAAACAACAAUCCCGACCACGAAAGAUCCAACUACUCAUCCACGAACAACAAUCUUAACCACACUCAAAAGCACACACAAAACAACAAUCCCGACCACGAAAGAUCCAACUACUCAUCUACGAACAACAAUCUUAACGACACUCAAAAGUACACACAAAACAACAAUCCCGACCACGAAAGAUCCAACCACUCAUCCACGAACAACGGAUUUAACAAACCAGACGACCUUACUGACAACAAAUAAUCCUACCACAAAAUCGACGACCGACCGAACGACGACAAAGACUACAUUAAGUACAAGUCUUAAAACAACAAGGCACACAACUAGUUUGACAACGCAGAGAACAACCGACGAAUCUACACUAGUAACCACACGUCCAACUACAGUAUCGACCACGCUAAGUACAACACAAGAACCUACUACGAAACAGACUACAAUGCCUCCAACAGUUCUACCCACAGAAGAGAGAACAAACGAAACAACUGUGCCCCCAACAACAAUCUUAACGACACUCAAAAGUACACACAUAACAACAAUCCCGACCACGAAAGAUCCAACCACUCAUCCACGAACAACAAUCUUAACGACACUCAAAAGUACACGCAAAACAACAAUCCCAACCACGAAAGAUCCAACCACUCAUCCACGAACAACGGAUUUAACAAACCAGACGACCUUACUGACAACAAAUAAUCCUACCACAAAAUCGACGACCGACCGAACGACGACAAAGACUACAUUAAGUACAACUACAAGUCUUAAAACAACAAGGCAUACAACUAGUUUGACAACGCAGAGAACAACCGACGAAUCUACACUAGUAACCACACGUCCAACUACAGUAUUGACCACGCUAAGUACAACACAAGAACCUACUACGAAACAGACUACAAUGCCCCCAACAGUCCUACCCACAGAAGAGAGGACUAACGAAACCACAUCGUUUACCACAGAGCCAACGACACCAUUCACAACGCUACGGACAACACAGCGUACCACAUCGAUGCAAAGUUCGUUAAGUACAAGCCAUAAAUCAACGAUGUCCACAAUUAUUCCAACUUCACGAAAGACAACUGAUGAAUCCACACUCAUGCCCACAACUGAACUGACUACGCUGAGGACAACCGACCAAUCUACACAAGCAACCACACAGCCAACUACAGUAUCAACAACGCUACGGACGACUCAACUACCUACUAAGGAAAAGACUACGUCAUUAAGUACAAGUCCUACAACAACGAUGUCCCCAACUAUUUUACCUACACGAAAGACAACCGACGAAUCAACACUAGCGACCACACAACCAACUACAAUGUUGACAACGCUGAGGACAAGCCAACAACCUACUACGAUGCAGAGUGCAUUAAGUACAAGUCAUAAAUCAACGAUGUCCACAAUUAUUCCAACUUCACGAAAGACAACUGAUGAAUCCACACUCAUGCCCACAACUGAACUGACUACGCUGAGGACAACCGACCAAUCUACACAAGCAACCACACAGCCAACUACAGUAUCGACAACGCUACGGACGACUCAACUACCUACUACGGAAAAGACUACGUCAUUGAGCACAAGUAUUAGAACAACGAUGUCCCCAACUAUUUUGCCUACACAGAGGACAACAGACAAAUCCACACUAGCGACCACACAGCAAACUACAAUGGUGACAACGCUGCGGACAAGCCAACUACCUACUACGAGUGCAUUCAGUACAAGCCAUGAAUCAACGAUGUCCACAAUUAUUCCAACUUCACGAAAGACAACUGAUGAAUCCACACUCAUGCCCACAACUGAACUGACUACGCUUGGGACAACCGACCAAUCUACACAAGCAACCACACAGCCAACUACAGUAUCAACAACGCUACGGACGACCCAACUACCUACUACGAUGCAGAGUGCAUUAAGUACAAGUCAUAAAUCAACGAUGUCCACAAUUAUUCCAACUUCACGAAAGACAACUGAUGAAUCCACACUCAUGCCCACAACUGAACUGACUACGCUUGGAACAACCGACCAGUCUACACAAGCAACCACACAGCCAACUACAGUAUCGACAACGCUACGGACGACUCAACUACCUACUACGGAAAAGACUACGUCAUUAAGUACAAGUCCUACAACAACGAUGUCCCCAACUAUUUUACCUACACGAAAGACAACCGACGAAUCAACACUAGCGACCACACAACCAACUACAAUGUUGACAACACUGAGGACAAGCCAACUACCUACUACGAUGCAGAGUGCAUUAAGUACAAGCCAUAAAUCAACGAUGUCCACAAUUAUUCCAACUUCACGAAAGACAACUGAUGAAUCCACACUCAUGCCCACAACUGAACUGACUACGCUGAGGACAACCGACCAAUCUACACAAGCAACCACACAGCCAACUACAGUAUCGACAACGCUACAGACGACUCAACUACCUACUACGAUGCAGAGUGCAUUAAGUACAAGCCAUGAAUCAACAAGGUCCACAAUUAUUUCAACUUCACGAAAGACAACUGAUGAAUCCACACUCAUGCCCACAACUGAACUGACUACGCUGAGGACAACCGACCAAUCUACACAAGCAACCACACAGCCAACUACAGUAUCGACAACGCUACGGACGACUCAACUACCUACUACGAUGCAGAGUGCAUUAUGUACAAGCCAUGAAUCAACAAGGUCCACAAUUAUUUCAACUUCACGAAAGACAACUGAUGAAUCCACACUCAAGCCCACAACUGAAUUGAAUACAAUGAGGACAACCGACCAAUCCACAAAAGCGACCACACAGUCAACUACAAUAUUGACAACGCUGCGGACAAGCCAACUACCUACAACGGAACAGACUACGUCAUUAAGUACAAGUCUUAGAACAACGAUGUCCCCAACUAUUUUACCUACACAGAGCACAACCGACAAAUCCACACUAGCGACCACACAGCCAACUACAAUAUUGACAACGCUGCAGACAAGCCAACAACCUACCACGAAACAGACUACGUCAUUAACUACGACCCUAGUCACCACACAUUCCAGUACAUUAUCGACAACGCGACGAACAACUCAACCACCUACAACGAGGCAAACGACAUUGAGUACAAGUUAUAAAACGACAAUGCCUACAACUGUUAUAACUACACACAAGACAACUGACGAAUCCACACUUAUGACCACACAGCCAACUACAUUAUCGACAACCGACAAAUCCACACAAGUGACCACAGAGCCCAGUACAUUAUCAACAACGCGACGAACAACUCAACCACCUACAACGGAACAGACUACGUCAUUAACUACAAGUCUUAGAACAACGAUGUCCCCAACUGUUUUGCCCACUCAGAAGACAACCGACGAAUCCACACUAGCGACCACACAGCCAACUACAAUAUUGACAACGCUGCAGACAAGCCAACAACCUACCACGGUAAAGCUUUGAAGCUA